AUGGAACAGUGUAAGUUUUGUUCAAUAUGUUUAGCGACAAACGUGAAAAUCUGUGUUUUAAGCAAAUCGUAUUUAGACUUUUACUAUAACAUUUUAGAAUCGCCAGUAAACAGUUACCAAAAGCCAAAUGCUUGCUAUGAGUGUGUGUAUCAUUUGCAAAAGUAUCAAGAGUUUAAACAAAAAUGUAAUACUGCAAAUAAUAUUAUUUCCCAGAUGAUGAAGGAAAGUGCAACAAUAACCAAAAAGCACAUUCAGCACUUGGACCGAAAACAAUGUAACUUACAGUCAAAAAUUACUAUUUCUCCCACAAAAAUUUACAAUGAUAUAUUUCAACUGACUAAUAGUUACAAAAAUGGGGAAGAAAAAUUCUAUGAAGAAAUAAAAUCAGAGGUUUACAUAGAAACUUCAACAAAUGAUGUUGCUGUAUGUAGUAGAAUAAACAUUACUGAUAUAAAACAUGAAACUGAGUAUGAUAAUUUAGACGAAGAUAUUAAAUUAGCAGUAUAUUCAUUGGAAGAUGACAAUAUUCUGGAUAAUGGUGUUGAAGAAAUUCAAAAAGUAAACACUACGAAUCAAAAACAAUAUAAAACAAAGCGAAGAAAAGUAAAAACCAAAAUUGAAGAUAAAAUAAAUAUUAACAUAGCUGAAAGUCAAGAAGAUAGCUCUUUUAGUGACCUAGAUAAUGAACCAUUAGCAAAACAUGUUAGUAAUUCUAAAUUUGAAAAUAGUGCAAAUAGUAGCGAAAAGCAACGCAUGCUUUCUAAAUUUGAUGCAAAUUUUUUUGAAGGCUAUGCAACAGUGGUGUUAUUGACACCAGAGGAAGCAAAACAAGAGGUGCUGCUAAGAAAAGAGUCGAGUAAUUACAAACAUUGUCCAUUUAAGUGUGACCUUUGCUUUAGAGGUUUUGAAGUACAGGCCACAUUUGAAAACCACAUGAAAAAGCACAGUUUGGAGUUUGGUGAAUAUAAAUGUGACUAUUGCCACCUACGCUUUCCAAAACAAAGAACCCUCUACAAGCAUCAUUUCUCUUGUCAUAAGCGCAAGUUUUAUUGCAAGAUUUGCCCAUACACUUGUUUCUGCACACAUCAAGCCAAAACUCACAUUAGUCUUCAUAAAGGAAAAAAGUAUCCUUGUAAUGAAUGUGGUGAAAUUUUUAGCAUGCCAAAUAGUCUCUUAAUGCACAAGCGAAUAAAGCACUUAACAGAAUGUGUGUGUGAACUGUGUGGCAGUACGUUUGUAACGCAAAAAGGUUUAUUUUUCCACAAGAGACUGGUGCACAGGCAGCAAGAAAAUGAAGCUAAGGGUCCAAGAUGUGACUAUUGCAACGUGCAGUUCUCGACGGAGACUGCCUGGAAGAGGCAUUUGGUUUUGUCUUCUAAACACAAAGUGAGCAAUGGCUGCGAAUACUGCGGCGAGACGUUCGCAAAUGAAGAAGAUCUGAAGAGUCAUUCGAAAAUACACUCGAGGAAACAGAUCAAUCGCGGGGAUGUGAUCAAAGUACCGGCCGCUUGUGAAAUGUGUAACAAGUGGCUUACAAACCGUAAAGAGUACAAGUCCCACAUGAGCACAGAACACCCUCUGUCUGAAUUGGCGAAAAGACUUGACGCUAAGGAGAAGUUGCAAUGCGUGUGUGAAGUUUGCGGCAAAAUGUUCAAGAAACAAUGUUUUCUACUAUACCACCAACGUAAGCACACUGGUGAGCGUCCAUAUGCUUGUACGGAGUGCGACAAGACCUUCGCCUUCCCCGGCGCUCUGAGCACACAUCGCGCUACACAUAGAAGGGGAAACAAGCACCGUUGCGACUUGUGCGGAAAGUUGUUCGGCUUUAAGAGCGCACUCAAUAAACACGUCAAGGCGCACCUUGGAAUCCGGCCACAUAAAUGCUCAAUGUGCGACAAGUCGUUUCCGAACCCGUGCGAUGUGAAACUUCAUAUAAAAUACGUUCAUUAUAAAGUGCCCUGGCCUAAGAGAGAUCGGAGCAAACGAAGCACUAUGGAAACUCCAUCAGUGGUAGAAUAA